AUGGUGGCGCUGGUCUGCUAUGAAGCAGGCAAGGACGACUGGGUGCGUCUGGCGCGCUGCCCGCAUGGCGUCACCCUCGCGCCGACCAGCGCCGGCUGGACACUGCUCGUGCCAUCGACCGUGCCACCUCUCCUGCGCCAUCUGGCUGCGACCGACGCGCCUGGAGCCCCCUUGUCGUCGCCCGUCCUGCUGGUCGUUGCCGCCGUCGUCGCCGUCACGCUCCUUGCCGUCGUCGCUGUCAUCGGAUCUCGCUGCGACAAACGGCCGUGCCGCAAGCCCCGGCCCGACGUCGUGGUCGUUGUCGGGUCGCCCACGGCGCCUGUCUCGUGGUUCCACUUGUACCAAAACGACGAUGGCUUGCCGCAUUCGAUCCUCACCGACGACGACUGCACGACCAUGAUCCUGCGCUCGAGCCGCCCGUCGCCCAAGGACCACAUAGUACCCGGGAGCUACCCGGACGCGCUGGACGAGCAGUCGAUCUCGGGCGUCUCGGGCGCGUCGGUGCACGGCUGGCAGACGCCGGACGGCAGCACCAACAGUUAUGCGACGGUCGACGCGUCGUUUCUCUCGCUCUCACAUGCACUCGACGACGAGUACGACUAUGACAGUCGCCUCAGCGAACGAUAA